CUUGAGAAGAUUACAUUGUAUUCUUCGUUGCUCCAGCUCUAGCUCAACUAUUGACGACAACCUAGACGUAAACCAUGGUCUACUCGCCCAGCACCUACCUUGUCUCCGCCGCCGUCGCCGUCGUGGCGCUGCAGAUGCAGCACACGGCUGCCACAUCGAUCUACUACGACCCUUACACGUCGUCCGACACGAUCGACGAGAUCACCGACAAGUUCCCUGCUUUCGGCGCUGAUGUGGCCGACCAGGACUGCGCCGUCACGGUGCAGGUGGACCCAACGCUGCCGGACAUUACCACCAUCUCGACUGUGCCCGUGACCUUCCCGGACCUGCUGGGCAACACGAGCACGGCCCCGACCGAGCCGGUGUUCACCAAGGUGGGCACGGUUGUGAUGUCCGAGGACGCUCCGCCCGCUGACGCCAACCAGGAUGGCUACAUUGAUUCGCACAUGCCGGCAACUGGAGCGGCGCAGGAGAAAACGGGCAUCAAGCAGCACCCCAAGGACUGCGCCACCGGCUGGGAGGAGACCACCCCCGCCGCCCGCAAGCUGCGUGACACUGCCGUCGCUGGCCACGCUCUCGACGAAAAGCUGCAGACUAAGCGUCACCUCGAGGCCAACACCAACAGGGACAUCGCCAAGCUUGAGGCCUUUUUCGGCAAAAAGAUGGUGAUGACCCUUAAGGACCUCCCGAUCGUGGGCGUGCACACGCCGUCGCCCUGGCCCGCUCCCUACUGGCCCACGUACCAGGACAGCAUCAACGUUGUCUGGGAGGAGAACCAGCCGAGUCCUGCCGAGAAGUACGCCAAGGCCUUCGGUAAGGACGUGAAGACCUUCAUGGACGCCGUGUCGAAGAAAAACGGCGUUGACUCGCAGAGCAAGCGCAAGCAGUGCACUGAGGACCGCGACUGCAAGAUCGCCUCGGGCGAGGCCUGUGCUAUUCGUGACGGCAAGACUUCGGGCUACUGCAUCCCGACUUGGUUCGGUAUUUGCCACGCCUGGGCCCCGGCCGCCAUCCUGGAGCCCGAACCGAACUGCCCCGUGAAGCACAACGGUGUGACUUUCCAGCCCCUGGACAUCAAGGCCCUGAUCACGAGUGUGUGGGAUGGUGCCAGUGUCGGCACCGUGUUCACGGGUGCGCGUUUCAACGGUGGCACUGACACUACGGACGAGUACGGCCGUCACUCGAACGCGGCCUUCCGUGACCUGAACCCCGCGUACUUCCACAUCGCCGCGACCAACCUGCUUGGUAAGCUCAACUCGACCUUCGUUGUGGAUGUGUCGGCCAACGCUGAGGUGUGGAACCAGCCCGUGCGUGGUUUCAAGGUGUUUGAGCAGACCGCCAUGUCGCUCGAGGAGGGUGCUAAGACCUUCUACGGCCUCGAGUCGUACCCUUGGAACGCUGCUGCCAAGAGCCUCGUGUAUGUCAAGAUGCGUCUUUCGUGGAUCGUCGAGACGUACACCGACGGCGGGCUUGUGCGCUCGGGCGAGGUCAACCAGUUCACCACAGGCAAGUACUACCACUACCUGCUGGAGCUUGACGACGCUGGCCAGAUCAUCGGCGGCGAGUGGGUCUACAACUCGGACGACGACCACCCCGAUUUCCUGUGGCUGCCGAAGGGCAAGCCCGCUGCCACCGCUGUGACCAGCAUUGGUCUGAGCUACGCCGACGUGAGCAUGCUGCGGGAGAAGUCGGUUGCAUGCGCUCCUGAAUCGGGCUCGGAUUCGUCUGGACCGACCGGCUCGUCGUCGUCCGAGGCUGAAGUGUCCGCAGGCGACGCUGCGAUGUAA